AAAGCACUGAAUUUAUAAUCAUGGUAUGUAUUGAUUUCCUUAAAUGCUAUUCUUUGAAAAUGGUCUCUAAUAGUGUUUAGUCCGGAAAAGGAGGUAAAGGAGGAAAGGGAGGAAAGGCUCCCUCAACAAAGAAGCAGGUGAUGACGCGUUCUACAAAGGCAGGACUUCAGUUCCCUGUCGGUCGUAUCCACAGAUUCCUGAAGGGUCGUGUAUCCUCUCGCCAGCGUGUGGGAGCUACUGCUGCCGUGUAUAUUGCUGCUAUUUUGGAAUAUCUGAGCGCCGAAGUGCUCGAGUUGGCUGGAAAUGCUUCCAAGGAUCUGAAGGUGAAGCGUAUCACUCCUCGUCAUUUACAACUUGCUAUUCGUGGAGACGAAGAGUUGGAUACCCUUGUCAAGGCUACCAUUGCCGGAGGAGGUGUCGUUCCUUACAUCCAGCCUACCCUUAUUGGAAAGGAUGGUAUUGAGGAGGAUGAGAAGGAGUUGGAGAUGGAAGAGGUGGAUGAUGCUGAAUAA